AGUUGUAUCUAAAAAAGAUCACCUUUAAAAAUGUUCACCAUUUCAAUUUGUAUGAAAUUCACCAAGGAGGAUGGUCCUCCCCUUCCUCCUCUGAGGAGCAUCCAUUGUUUCCAUCAGAUUCAAACAGUUUCCAUCAGGGACGGAAAAGGCUGAAGUUGUGUAACUAUUGACACCUCAGAGAGAGGAUGAGGUUAUCUGGAUGACUGCUAAACAAAUCCCCCGGGAAACACCAUCACACACACACACACACACACACACACACACACACACACACACACACACACACACACACACACACACACACACGCGGGUGGUGGGCUACAGCUCACUGCAAACCAAAUACACCUCACCUUAACCUCCCUAUCUUUGGCUAAUCUAGGGUUGUGUUCAUAAGGCACCAAACGGAAGAAAACAGAUUGUAACAAGGAGUGAGGGACUAUCUGAUCUUAUCCAAUCACAAACACACAUUUUGUUUUAAGUUGAAAAAGUUGCUAGAUUUUUUCUGUUGUGUUCCCUAAUGAACAUGACCCAGAUUUGCAUGUUUGCCAGACAGAGAGAGAGAAAAGAGAGUAAGAAGAAUCCAUCACGCACACUGAGACAGAGGAGAGGAGCGAGGGAUUCAGCAAAGGACAAGAUAGCCCUGUCAAUACAGAUCCAUGGAGUGGAGUAGGAGAGCUAUCCCUGUCUCUGGGAUUUUCCUACUCUUUCUGAGGGUCACCGUGCAAAUAGACAAUGUGGCAUUGAGAGGAGUGGCUGCUCAGUCAUCACAGUUUUCAGAUCGCGAUGCUCACUAUGCAAUUGAUGGGUACAGAAACACAAACUUUGGAUCCUGCACCCACACUGCACAGAACACCAACCCCUGGUGGAGAGUGGACCUGCUGGAUGUGUACAGAGUGACAUCUGUCACCAUCACCAACAGAGAUGCUGUUCCUGAGAGGCUUGAUGGUGCUGAGAUUCGCAUCGGUAACUCACUAGAGAACAACGGCAUCAACAACCCCAGAUGUGUUGUCAUCUCCCACAUCCCAGCAGGAGAGACUCACACCUUCCAGUGUAAUAAGAUGGAGGGUCGCUACGUUGUUGUGGUCAUCCCUGACAGGAAGGAAUAUCUCACUCUGUGUGAGUUGGAAGUAUAUGGGACUCCUGCAGUAAAUGUAGCAUUGAAAGGAGUGGCCAGCCAGUCAUCACUGAAUGGGUAUGGCAAUGCUCAUAAUGCCAUUGAUGGGAACAGAGAAUCAGACUAUUAUAAAAGAUCCUGCACCCACACUACACAGGAGACCAACCCCUGGUGGAGAGUGGACCUGCUGGAUGUGUACAGAGUGACAGCUGUCAGUAUCACCAACAGAGGAGAUGAUGUUCCUGAGAGGCUUGAUGGUGCUGAGAUUCGCAUCGGUAACUCACUGGAGAACAACGGCAUCAACAACCCCAGAUGUGUUGUCAUCUCCCACAUUCCAGCAGGAAAGACCUACACCUUCCAGUGUAAUGAGAUGGAGGGUCGCUAUGUUGUUGUGGUCAUCCCUGGCAGGUCAGAAUGGCUCACUCUUUGUGAGGUGGAAGUAUUUGAGUCUUCCACAGAAGCCCCCAAGUCAAAGAGAACGGUGGUGAGGAUGAAGAUCCAAUCAGAUGCUGAUCUGACAGACCAGGCGGUCAGUGACCAGCUCCUUGAGCAGCUGCAUGUAGAGCUUGUGAAGCAGGGGGUGUCUGACUUUCAACUGCGCUGGAGGACUCAGCCAGAUGGACAGAUUUUCCACCGUGAGGAAGAAGAGAAGGAGUGUGGAACCACACAGACAGGUGUCUCUGGAACUGAAGGGGGCUAGCCUGGUGAGAGACUCUAAGGAGACACAAUAGUUUUAAGAUUGGACCGUAUUGAUGACAAUCAAUCUACCGUAAAACUUUAAUUUUAAACCCAGUCUCAAAUAGCUGCCUGUCCUUUUUAAUAGCUAGGCAACAACACAUUUCAGCAACUAAACAGCUGUUUCAAAUAAACUCAGGGUCUAAAUCAAAUCAGAUCUAAUGUUAUUUGUCACAUACACAUGGUUAGCGGAUGUUAAUGCCAGUAGGGCGAAAUGUUUGUGCUUCUAGUUCCGACAGUGCAGUAAUUUCUAACAAGUAAUCUAACAAUUCCCCAACAACUACCUAAUACACACAAAUCUAAAGGG